CUUCCUUUGGAAGUACGAGCCCAGGUAAGUUUUCUACAUGUAUUACUUUUUGUUGUAUUAAUGCAGGUGGAACCAUGAAGUUGAUGUACAUCAUUCACCGUAAUAACUAGCUAAGUCUAACGUUACUGUGUUAUUAUCCAGUUGGCUCUCUGUCUUCAGAAGAUCAUGACUUUGAUCCGACAGCAGAGAUGUUGGUCCAUGACUAUGACGAUGAGCAAACUUUGGAGGACGAGGAGAUGCAGGAGGAAGGGACAAGCGUCAGUGCUGAAAUAGCAGAUUUGGAGAAGGUACAAUUUCAUGUUCCACAGAUGUCGUUGUUACAAGAUGCAAAAUUAGUCAGCCUAGCAAUCUAAAAUAAUGCAUUGCAUGCAUUGGUUUACAUGUCAUUGUACACUUGAGCUCUUUUUGUAAUUAAGGGAUGGUUCACUAUUUGUUGGACUACAUUUUUCUAAAUUGAACUUGGGCAUUUUUUUUUAUCAAACCAUUCACAUUUGGGAUAUUUUGUUUCUUUCAGCAGUCUCUGGCAAUAGAGUAGCUCCUGCUAAUGUAAUCCAAUGGGGCCAAUAUUCUGAAUCGCAAAUAUUUUUCCAUGACACUAAAGCAAAUUGUAGCCUUCAGAGGUUGUACAUAUUAAGUUACAGUUGAAGUCGGAAGUUUACAUACACUUAGGUUGGAGUCAUUAAAACUUGUUUUUCAACCACUCCACACAUUUCUUGUUAACAAACUAUAGUUUCGGCAAGUCGGUUAGGACAUCUACUUUGUGCAUGACACAAGUAAUUUUUACAACAAUUGUUUACAGACCGAUUAUUUCACUUAUAAUUCACUGUAUCACAAUUCCAGUGGGUCAGACGUUUACAUACACUAAGUUGACUGUGCCUUUAAACAGCUUGGAAAAUUCCAGAAAAUGAUGUCAUGGCUUUAGAAGCUUCUGAUAGGCUAAUUGACAUAAUUUGAGUCAAUUGGAGGUGUACCUGUGGAUGUAUUUCGAGGCCUACCUUCAAACUCAGUGCCUCUUUGAACGUACUUUGGUGCGUAAAGUGCAAAUCAAUCCCAGAACAACAGCAAAGGACCUUGUGAAGAUGCUGGAGGAAACAGGUACAAAAGUAUCUAUAUCCACAGUAAAACGAGUCCUAUAUCGACAUAACCUGAAAGGCUGAUCAGCAAGGAAGAAGCCACUGCUCCAAAACCGCCAUAAAAAAGCGGUUUGACUACGGUUUGAAACUGCACAUGGGGACAAAGAUCGUACUUUUUGGAGAAAUGUCCUCUGGUCUGAUGAAACAAAAAUAGAACUGUUUGGACAUAAUGACCAUCGUUAUGUUUGGAGGAAAAAGGGGGUUGCAUGCAAGCCGAAGAACACCAUCCCAACCGUGAAGCACGGGGGUGGCAGCAUCAUGCUGUGGGGGUGCUUUGCUGCAGGAGGGACAGGUGCACUUCAUAAAAUAGAUGGCAUCAUGAGGAAGGAAAAUUAUGUGGAUAUAUUUAAGCAACAUCUCAAGACAUCAGUCAGGAAGUUAAAGCUUGGUCGCAAAUGGGUCUUCCAAAUGGACAAUAACCCCAAGCAUACUUCCAAAGUUGUGGCAAAAUGGCUUAAGGACAACAAAGUCAAGGUAUUGGAGUGGCCAUCACAAAGCCCUUACCUCAAUCCUAUAGAAAUCUGUGGGCAGAACUGAAAAAGCCUGUGCGAGCAAGGAGGCCUACAAACCUGACUCAGUUACACAAGCUCUGUCAGGAGGAAUGGGCCAAAAUGUGGAAGGCUACCCAAAACGUUUGAACCAAGUUAAACAAUUUAAAGGCAAUGCUACCAAAUACUAAUUGAGUGUAUGUAAACUUCUGACCCACAGGGAAUGUGAUGAAAUAAAUCAUUCUACUAUUAUUCUGACAUUUGACAUUCUUAAAUGAAAGUGGUGACCUAAGACAGGGAAUUGUUACUAGGAUUAAAUGUCAGGAAUUGUGAAAAACUGAGUUUAAAUGUAUUUGGCUAAGGUGUAUGUAAACUUCCGACUUCAGCUGUCUAUCAUAUAUCAGGGGUACUCAACUACUGUACAGUCGUGGUCAAAAGUUUUGAGAAUGACACAAAUACAAAUUUUCACAGUCUGCUGCCUCAGUUUUGAUGGUGGCAAUUUGCAUAUACUCCAGAAUGUCAUGAAGAGUGAUCAGAUGAAAUGCAAUUAAUUGCAAAGUCCCUCUUUGCCAUGAAAAUGAACUUAAUCCCCAAAAAACAUUUCCACUGCAUUUCAGCCCUGCCACAAAAGGACCAGCUGCCAUCAUGUCAGUGAUUCUCUCGUUAACACAGGUGAGAGUGUUGACGAGGACAAGGCUGGAGAUUACUCUGUCAUGCUGAUUUGAGUUAGAAUAACAGACUGGAAGCUUUAAAAGGAGGGUGGUGCUUGAAAUCAUUGUUCUUCCUCUGUUAACCAUGGUUACUUGCAAGGAAACACGUGCCGUCAUCAUUGCUUUGCACAAAAAGGGCUUCACAGGCAAGGAUAUUGCUGCUAGUAAGAUUGCACCUAAAUCAACAAUUUUUCGGAUCAUCAAGAACUUCAAGGAGAGAGGUUCAAUUGUUGUGAAGAAGGCGUCAGGGCGCCCAAGAAAGUCCAGCAAGCGCCAGGACCGUCUCCUAAAGUUGAUUGAGCUGUGGUAUCGGGGCACCACCAGUGCAGAGCUUGCUCAUGAAUGGCAGCAGGCAGGUGUGAGUGCAUCUGCACGCACAGUGAGGUGAAGACUUUUGGAGGAUGGCCUGGUGUCAAGAAGGGCAGCAAAGAAGCCACUUCUCUCCAGGAAAAACAUCAAGGACAGACUGAUAUUCUGCAAAAGUGAUAACUAAGUGGCUCGGGGAACAAAACAUCGACAUUUUGGGUCCAUGGUCAGGAAACUCCCCAGACCUUAAUCCCAUUGAGAACUUGUGGUCGAUCCUCAAGAGACGGGUGGACAAACAAAAACCCACAGAUUCUGACAAUCUCCAAGCAUUGAUUAUGCAGGAAUGGGCUGCCAUCAGUCAAGAUGUGGCCCAGAAGUUAAUUGACAGCAUGCCAGGGCGGAUUGCAGAGGUCUUGAAAAAGAAGGGUCAACACUGCAAAUAUUGACUCUGCAUAAACUUAAUGUAAUUGUCAAUAAAAGCCUUUGACACUUAUGGAAUGCUUGUAAUUAUACUUCAGUAUACCAAAGUAACAUCUGACAAAUAUCUAAAAACACUGAAGCAGCGAACUUUGUGAAGACCAAUACUGUCAUUCUCAAUACUUUAAACCACGACUGUAGUAGUAAUAAACCCCCAAGUCGCUACCCUAAACGGUUCACACAUCUUGUUGGCGGAAAGAACACUUUGCAGCAGUGUUUCCUCUUCACUAAUUUCUGUGGCGCUGCGCCACGGUAAAAUCAUUGCUGCCAUGCCCCAAAAAAUAUGAAACAUUGCAAAAUGUUUGUCAAGGGGCACUUUGAAGAUGUUAGAACAGUCCACAUUUACUUUUCUUCUGCAAACAAAAUUAGUGAUGUGUAGAAAAUCAAACACCAUAGUAGAAUCAUUUAUCUAUACUGAACAAAAAUAUAAAUGAAAUAUGCAACCAUUUCAAAGAUUUUACAGAGUUACAGUUCAUAGAAGGAAAUCAGUCAAUUGAAAUAAAUUCAUUAGGCCCUAAUCUGUGGAUUUCACAUGACUAGGAAGGGGUCAUCCAUGGAUGGGCCUGGGAGGGCAUAGGCCCACCCACUUGGGAGCCUGGUCCACCCACUAGGAAUCCAGGCCAAGCCAAUCAGAAUGAGUUCCCCACAAAAGGGAUUUAUUACAGACAGAAAUAGUCCAGAGCACUCCCCCUCCUCAGACGGUCCUGCAGGUGAAGAAGCCGGAUGGUGGACAUUCCUGCAGUCAUCAUGCCAAUUGCACGCUCCCUCAAAUCUUUGGCAUUGUGUUGUGUGACAAAACUGCACAUUGUAGAGUGGCCUUUUAUUGUCCCCAGCACAAGGUGCACCUGUGUAAUGAUCAUGCUGUUUAAUGAUCAUGCUGUUUAAUCAGCUUCUUCAUAUGUCACACCUGUCAGGUGGAUGGAUUAUGUAUGAAAAAUGUAUGCACUCACUAACUGUAAAUCGCUCUGGAUAAGAGCGUCUGCUAAAUGACAAAAAAAAAUGUCUGGGGUCUUUUAUUUCAGCUCAUGAAACAUGGGACCAACACUUUACAUGUUGCGUUUAUAUUUUUGUUCAGUAUAUUUACCUAGUCUGCUUGUUGUUUGUUCUAUAAGAGAGAAACAUUCCUCUCUAGGCGCAUUCAAGUUACGAGUGCCAUAGGGAGGGAAACCUGCAUUCUGACAGCAGUUUUAAUGGCGUUUGUUCCCAGCUUUCCAUUCCUACUUUAUUUCUCAACUCCUAAAUAAGCAUGAACUGCACCAUUUUAAACAUUUUAAAGACUAGGUGGUUUCUGUGAGAAGUACGGGCAGGGGGCAUAUUACCCCAGGGCGGGGCUACCCCAAGUUACCCUAACAGGUAGACCUACCUUAUAUUCACUGUGUUUAUGCAAGUUUUUUGGGACAUACAGUGCAUUCGGAAAGUAUUCAGACCCCUUGACUUUUUCCACAUUAUGUUACGUUACAGCCUUAAUCUAAAAUGGAUUUUUUUUAAAUCCUCAUCAAUCUACACACAAUACCCCAUAAUGACUAAGCGAAAACAGGUUUUUAGAAAUGUUUGAAAAUGUAUAAAAAAUUUAAAAACGUAUUUACGUAAGUAUUCAGACCCUUUGCUAUGAGACUCAAAAUUGAGCUUAGGUGCGUCCUGUUUCCAUUGAUCAUCCUUAAGAUGUUUCUAGAACUUCAUUGAAGUCCACCUGUGGUAAAUUCAAUUGAUUGGACAUAAUUUGGAAAGGCACACACCUGUCAGUUGACAGUGCAUGUCAGAGCAAAAACCAAGCCAUGAGGUUGAAGGAAUUCUCCGUAGAGUCGAUGCACAUAUCUAGGGAAGGGUACCAAAACAUUUAUUUGGAACCUAGGGCUGGCCGCCCGGCCAAACUGAGCAAUCGGGGGAGAAGGGCCUUGGUCAGGGAGGUGACCAAGAACCCGAUGGUUACUCUGACAAAGCUCCAGAGUUCCUCUGUGGCGAUGGGAGAACCUUCCAGAAGGACAACCAUCUCUGCAGCGCUCCCCAAUCAGGCCUUUAUGGUAGUAGCCAGACGGAAUCCACUUCUUAGUAAAAGGCACAUGACAGCCCGCUUGGAGUUUGCCAAAAGGCAUCUAAAGACUCUCAGACCAUGAGAAACAAGAUUCUGUGGUCUGAUGAAAUCAAGAAUGAACUCUUUGGCCUGAAUGCCAAGCGUCAGGUCUGGAGGAAACCUGGCACCAUCCCUACGGUGAAGCAUGGUGGUGGCAGCAUCAUGCUGUGAGGAUGUUUUUCAGCUGCAGGGACUGGGAGACUAGUCAGGAUCAAGGGAAAGAUGAACGGAGUAAAGUACAGAGACAUCCUUGAUGAAAACCUGCUCCAGAGCGCUCAGGACCUGAGACUGGGGCGAAGGUUCACCUUCCAUCUGGACAAUGACCCUAAGCACACAGCCAAGACAACGCAGGAGUGGCUUUGGGACAAGUCUCUGAAUGGUCUUGAGUGGCCCAGCCAGAGCCCAGACUUGAACCCGAUCGAACAUCUCUGGAGAGACCUGAAAAUAGCUGUGCAGCGAGGCUCCCCCUCCAACCUGACAGAGCUUGAGAGGAUCUGCAGAGAAGAAUGGAAGAAACUCUACAAAUACAGGUGUGCCAAGCUUGUAGCAUCAUACCCAAGAAGAGUUGAGACUGUAAUCGCUGCCAAAGGUGCUUCAACAACGUACUGAGUAAAGGGUCUGAAUACUUAUGUAAAUGUGAUAUUUCUGUUUUUUAUUUUGAAUACAUUUGGAGAGAAAAAAUCUACAAACUAGUUUUUGUAAUGUCAUUAUGGGGUAUUGUGUGUAGAUUGAGGGGGGACAAAUAUUUUAAUAAAUUUUAGAAUAAGGCUGUAACGUAUCAAUGUGGAAAAGGUCAAGGGGUCUGAAUACUUUCCGAAUGCACUGUACAAUUCAUCAAUAAGAUGCUAACUUGUUAAAAGGUCACAUUUGGGAUCUAGCUAAUGAUUAGCCCAAUAGGGUAAAUGCAGAUAGGCAACCCCAUGCUUCAGGCUAUUUUUAUUUUUUUAUAGCCUCUAUGCUGCAUCAGUUGGGCUACAGAUGAUAAUGCUUAUUGCUGAUAGCAUACCUGAUCAUAUGGACCAUGCAUGCGUGGUCCAAUAUGUAAAAAAACAUAUUUUUACAAAUGUUAUUGGGCUCAAUUCAGGAGGUGGAAAUGAUCAUUUAGAUGGUGUCUGCAUAAUGUUAUGUUAAUUCAUUUUGGAGUAGAAUGUCCUUUUCUUAUUUUUUUGUCACCAGAAUUUAGCCUCUCAGUCCUUCUACAUAGAAAUUAUCUGGGGGGGGGGGUGGACCCCCGGCAGUGGAGGCUGCUGAGGGGAAGACGGCACAUAGUUAUGGCUGGAAUGGAGUAAAUGGAAUGGUAUCAACCACAUGGAACCACAUGUUUGAUACCAUUCAAUUGACUAUAUUGCAGCCAUUAUUAUGAGUUGCCCCCCCCCAGCGAAUGUAUGCAGGACACCAUCUAAAUGUAGUUUCAGCCUUCCCCUUAAUCCCCCCACAAACUUUUCCUCCCACUGCUACACAUUUUUCCAGAGCAAACACUGCUUUGCAGUUUUAAAGCUAAUUUCCUGGAAUACUACACAUUUUGUCCUAUGAUACAUGAGUGACUCCACAAAAUCAUUGGGGCCCCAUGGGCACAUAAUAUGGCCAUGAUAACUGCAAUAUUUAAAUAGCUGGUUAACCUAACUUACCAAGCUAACAUGGGAUAGUUGAUCAACUGAAUUUUCCAACCGGUUAUAAUUAAUGGCCGAUACAACUCCCCUCAAUACAAUACUAGCCUCGCUCUGUACAAGAAAAUGUUAGAAAGGCUGCUGAAUAUGGCUAGAUAAAAUCUGCCUUGGAGGAUUGACAGCAGCCAAGGUGUGGGAAACAAAAUGAAUUUGUAUUAUUAGUGAACCGUCGAUUUUAAUGUCAAUGUUCUGUCAUGUAAAUCUUCCUAACUGUUAUGCAUGAAAUGUUUUUUUUGUGAUUUGUAAAACAAAACAAAAUCAAGUCAUCUUUAAUCUUCCAGGAGGGCAACAUGCCACUGGAGGAGCUGCUGGCUAUGUAUAGAUACGAAGCAUCGAUCGGCAACGCUGGAGGGUCAAGUGUGGACAGCUCCUCAGUUGAACUUACGGACGAGCUACCUGAUAUGACAUUAGAUAAAGUAAGUAAGCACCGUGUCAAAUUUGUACGUUGGACUGCCUCUUCUGUAAUAUGUACAUUCACUUGGAAAAGUUAUCCCUCUGCAGUGAAAACGUAUAUUUGUAAACACAUUUUUAGUAGGUUGUGAGAGGGCUUUCCGUUUAAAUUAGUUUGCCUCAGAUUCACUAUUGGAUACUGGGGGUUUCAUUGUGAUGAUAGCCUGAACAUUGUAUUCCUACUUCACCCUUUUUACCAAAGAUUUAGCAAAACCAUUGUUUUUAUGUAUUGACUGUUGUUGGUGUAUUUUAAUCAGGAAGAAAUAGCAAAAGAUCUUCUGUCAGGUGAUGAUGAAGAAACGCAGUCCUCAGCUGAUGACCUCACACCCUCAGUGACAUCCCAUGAAACCAGUGAUUUCUUCCCCAGAACACUACGUUGUAAGUUUAACAUUGGCAUCAUUCACUUCCUUGAACUGUGGAAUAUCUUCCUUUUUUGUUUCCCUAUAAUGCCACCACUGACAUUUUUUUAUUUUACCUUUAUUUAACUAGGCAAGUCAUUUAAGAACAAAUUCUUAUUUACAAUGACGGCCUACACCGGCCAAACCCGGACGAUGCUGGGUCAAUUGUGCGCCGCCCUAUGGGACUCCCAAUCACAGCCGGUUGUGAUACAGCCUGGAAUCAAACCAGGGGCCUGUAGUGACACCUCAAGCACUGAGAUGCAGUGCCUUAGACCACUGCAUCACCUGACAUCAGUGCUUUUAGCAACCUGAAAUAUAUUGUGAGAUUAAGUCCUAAUGUAAAAGGUUUGUGGUAAAGCGUAAUGGUAGUCCACGAUACAAAUUUCGGAAGUAGCAUAUCGAGCCGACUUGGGCAACAACGAGAAGUGAGAGGCUAAUCUCCUACACCACCGUUGUUUCCAUGCAGCUAUCACUUUGCAGCAGAGUGAAGCAAACUCCCAUGCGUGUGCAGAUGCUCUGUGUGGAAGCUCACAAGUGUGGUCUCCUGUAUCAUGUUUACGCAAUAUUUUUUGUUUCAUACUGCUGCUCGUAUCGCUGAUUCACAGUUUAAGUUGACCCCCCUAUGCACUGCAGUCCCUUUUACUUCCCUGUAUUAUCUCCUCACCUCCCGCUAUCUGCUUCUCUAGCUAAUGCUAUUUAUGACGGAGACAAGGAAUCGGAGGGUGAGGAAGAAGGUGUGUGUCCUGAGGACUCCAGGAAGGUGUGUAUUUCAGUGCUUCUCAUGAUCCAUCAUUACUCCACCGACUCCUAGUAGAUGAGGCUCAUGACACGUGGAUGGCUUGUUACACUGCAAAUGUCAACAUAUAAUGAAUGGUAUUCCUUUUAAAUGAACUCAUAAUUUGUUAUCUGUUUUCAAAGGAAAUCAUGGUCGGGUCCCAGUAUCAAGCUGAAAUCCCUGCCCUUGUGUAUAACUACGAUGACAAUGAAAAAGGUCAGUGUAUGCUCACUCCUCCAUAUUUGGUAUGUGAGAUACAAAAUAUAUAUUUUCAAUUUCUCUGGCACACUCCACUCUAGCUCUCUUGAAGAUCAACUCUGAAUUUAAAUCGAUUUGUGUUUUUUUGUCCUUCCCAAGGCCUUGUAUGAGCUUGUGAAGUGGUGAAAUUUAAUGUAAAGAUAUAUUGAACGUUUACUUGAUUUGAUAUUUGUUCAAUGUAUGUACAAAAUCUGUUCAAUAUAUGUAAAGAUAUAUUGAACAGAUAUGAUGAAAAGGUAGGAAACGUCCGUCACAGCUUCCAAGUGUUGUCAUUGUCUGAAAAUGUAUCCUCCUAGUGUAUGAGAAUGAAGACCAGUUGCUAUGGCAACCUGAUGUCCUGCCGGAGCAGACGGUGAAAGACUUCCUUCAUGACACUUCCGCCCUAGUAGUUGAUGGGAAUGUGGGGCCUGCGCUGGAGAGUGGUCUUGUUCAAGACAACGAGCAGGUACGUUUUUAAAAAUGUUAUUUCUCUCUUGCUCUCUCUAGCUCUCUUAACUGAUUAGUGUUAUUUGUCCCUCCCAAGGCCUUGUAUGAGCUUGUGAAGUGUAACUACAAUGUCCAUGAUGCACUGGAGCGUUAUCGCCGGAGUGAAAAGUCCUCUGAGGGUAAGUUGACAUUCUUACACACAGAUUCAUAUUGUACUAUUGUAUUAAAACAGUGGAGUAAAAAAUAAAUGUUCCACCUUUGAUUUCAGGUGAAAUGCCUCCCUGGUCAGAAGAAGAAUGCAGAAACUUUGAACUUGCGCUGCUCCUUUAUGAGAAGAACUUUCACCUCAUCCAGAAACAUAAGGUAAGACCAGUCUUAUCAAUACAGUAGUACUUCAAAGAUACAAACACAUCGGGAAUGGAGGUCGUUCGGAACACUGAAAUAUCUGUAACUUUGAAAUUCACUUAAAAAUCACAAUAAACCAUUGCAUAUUUACAUGUUUACUAAUCAAUUAUCCAGAAUUUGUAAAUCUGAUGUGUUUUUAGCUUCUCUUUUCUUUGCAUUUAUAUUGCCCGUUCAGUUGACCGGUCAGUUGGUAACUGAGGACUGGUUUCCCAAACACAUAUUAAGCCUGUUUCUGGACCAAAAAGCAUGCUCAAUGGAAAAUCUCCAUAGAAACUGUUUUUUUGUCAAGGACUAGGCUUAGUCUGGAAAACCAGCCCAGAGGUUUGUAUCUUUUGAGGUUCUACUGUAGAUGAAAUGGGAAAUUGUUGUUCAAUGCCAGUCAUGUCCUGCAAGGGCUUGAUACAUCCCUCAUUUAACCCUUCACCUACUGUUUCUCCUUCAGGUGAAUACAAGGACAGUCGCUGAAUGUGUCUCCUUCUACUACAUGUGGAAAAAGUCGGAACGAUUUGACUUCUUUGUCCAACAGAACCGGUUUGGGAAAAAGAAGUACAGCAGCUACCCCGGUGUAACGUGA